CGAAAUGAAAUAAGUUUGACGCGAGAAGCGACUGCGACGAGUGUCAAAAUCUGAAGGAUUCUGGACCAUUUGAAACGAGAGCAGACCAAGUUUGGACUUCUUAAUAUUCCACACUGAAUUGGAGAGAAAAUGAGGGCUUUGAUCGUCCUUCCCUUGCUCUUUUCGCUCUCAUGUGGAUGGAAAAUCUUCCACCUGGGAAAGUUCCGUGGCCCGAAAUCGGAGGUGUCACCGAGCAGAGCGUUUCCUGAUUUGUGGUUUGACCAGAAACUGGACCACUUUGACCCAACGAGUGACAAAUUGUGGAAACAGAGGUAUUUUGUAAACGACGAAUUUCAUGAAAAAGGGGGCCCCGUAUUUCUGAUGAUCGGCGGCGAGGGUAAGGCUGAUGCCAUCUGGAUGGAGCAAGGCAUGUGGGUGGAGUACGCCAAGCAGUUUAAAGCCCUCUGCUUCCAAGUGGAGCAUCGAUUCUACGGGAAAAGCCACCCAACAGAGAACUCGAGUGUGAAAAAUUUGGUGUACCUCAGCAGCGAACAGGCUUUGGCGGAUUUAUCGUAUUUCAUCAGACAAAUGAACAAAAAGUAUUCACUGCCAAGAGGAACUCAGUGGGUUACCUUUGGAGGGUCCUACCCUGGCUCUCUGUCUGCAUGGAUGAGGCUAAAAUAUCCGCAUUUGGUUCACGCCGCCGUAUCUGCCAGUGGACCACUUCUUGCUGUCGCGGAUUUCAGUGAGUACAUGAGGGUUGUUCGAGAUUCUCUGGCGACUCACAGUGACGAAUGCGUGUCAGCGGUCGCAGAAGCGAACAAGCAGUUUGAAAUUUUGCUCAGACACCGGAUUGGACAGCAAAGGAUCGACAAAUUGUUUAACUUGUGUGAUUCGGUGGUGGACUCCUCAAAGAACGACAUUUCCAACCUUUACGAAACCCUGGCUGGAAACUUCGCUGGCGUAGUUCAGUACAACAAGGACAACCGGCAGUUUGAGGGUGCUAUAGGCGCAAACAUCACCAUCGACGUUGUCUGCGACAUCAUGACGAAAAGCAGCAUCGGCUCUGCGGUCACCCGGUACGCGGCCGUCAAUGAUCUGCUCAUGAAGACGUACGAUCAAAAGUGUCUCGACUACAAAUAUGAAAAUAUGAUCAACGAAUUCAGAAACGAAACCCUGGAAGGAGCAACUGGGGCAGGUCGGCAGUGGAUGUACCAAACGUGCACCGAGUUUGGUUUCUUCCAGACCUCAACUUUGCCGACCCAACCUUUCGCCGAUCAUUUCCCAGUAGAUUUCUUCAUUCAGCAGUGCUCUGACGUCUACGGCCCCAGGUACAACAAGGAGCUGUUGUCGAAUGGAAUUUUGCGGACGAACGUGAUGUAUGGUGCCCUUCAACUCGAAGUGAGCCGCGUCGUCUUCGUGCACGGCUCGAUCGACCCGUGGCACGCCCUGGGCAUCACCAAAUCGGACAACAAUGAGGCGCCCGCCAUUUACAUAAAUGGCACCGCCCAUUGCGCCAACAUGUAUCCCGAGUCUCAGGACGACCCUUCUCAGCUGACGGCCGCCAGACAACGCAUCACGGGGUUGUUGGCCCAGUGGCUGCAACCUUCAGCCAGGUCAGUGCGCUUCCAACCAGUCUAGAGAGUGAAAGUUGAUGCAUCUGUCUUUUAUUUUUCGACCUCUAUGGUUUUGAUUUUCUCACACAACACGAGACUUCUUCUCGUGGGAUUUAUUAUUGUAAUCUGCGGAAUAAAGCACUUUCUCGCUGAAA